UUAAUUUUUUUUAAUAAUGCCCAUGUUGAGGGUUAGGCCCCAAAAAAAUGUAAAUUCGGAAAUCAUAAUGGUUUCCAUGUCAUUGGUCUGGCAAGGUUUGAAUAUGGGUUGGCGGCGAUAAAUUCUUGUGCAUAUAAACUGCUUUGAUCCACAAUCAAUGCAUACAGAUCUUCGUUGAAAAACAGCUCCAAGAAAAUCAAGGGGAGUAGUUAAAUCUGCUGUUUCCACCUGAAUUCUGGGUUGGGCAGUGAAUGGGGGAAGUAUGGGUGCUGCAGAAUUUGUGGGCUGCCAAUCGGGAUUUGCAAGCACUUCCGGAAGGACACUAUGGGCUCUACGGGCCUGUGUGCAAAUUCUUGGUGGCUGUGGGACAAUACUUGUGCUCGCCACCGCAGCAGCUUGUACUGCACUUGUAGGACUCGCUACAUCACCAAGUCAUACUGCAGUGCUGGUAUGUAAAAGACCAGGAUGUACUAGGUCACUGAUGCUCGCCAGUUCACCAAAAGGUAGCGUAGCACUAGUACUGGCACUCUGCUGCAUAUGAGUCAUCA